AGUAAAAGAAACGGACAGAAAAUGCCGUAGAGAUCAUGAAAACAAGAGGUUUAAUAACACAUUUUGUUUACAAAUUUAAACAGAAACGUGCGCAAAUUAUUUUUAUAUACACUAACAUCAUGGCUAGAGGGUUCAUUGACUGUCACUGUCACUUGUCAGCAGAUGAGUUUACACAGACUUACAGAAAAACCCACCUAAACCAAACUCAUCAGCAGGAUAUAGAUGACGUCCUUUUGAGAGCUAAAAGAGCUGGAGUGAAAGCUCUUGUGGCUGUUACAGAGGGAGCCAGUGAGUUUGAGAAAGUUAUUCUGCUGUCAAAAACCUAUCCUGGCUUUGUGUUCCCUUGUUUUGGCAUUCAUCCCCUUCAAGGAUCAGGGCAAGACUUGCAUAGUGUCAAGAUUCAGGACCUGGAGCCAUUCCUUCCUUUGUUCCAGAAGUACAGAGCUGAUAUUGUUGCAGUCAGUGAGAUUGGUCUUGAUUUCACCCCCUGGUUUGCGAAAACUACUCAAGAGCGUGAUGAGCAGAUAAAAGUCUUUAUAAAACAACUUGAAAUAUCUAAAGAACUUGAUUUGCCAGUGAAUGUACAUUCCCGCUCAGCAGCUAAGGUUACCAUAGACACGAUGAAAGAACUAGGGAUUAGACAAGCAUUAUUGCAUAACUUUGCCGGCAAGCCAUCAGUUGCUAUGGAAGGGGUUCAGGCUGGAUUCUGCUUCUCAUUUCCGCCUGCUGUCAGCAAAACUGAGCAGAGAGCAAAAUUGAUCAGACAGAUUCCACUGGAACACAUUUGCCUUGAGACAGAUUCUCCAGCCUUGGGGAUUGACAAACAUAUUAGAAAUGAGCCUGGAAACAUAAUGAUCUGCUGUGAAUACAUUGCGAAGAUUAAGGGAAUAUCUUCAGACGCAGUUAUGGAAGUCACAACACAGAAUGCCCUUCGGUUGUUUUCUAAGUUAAAAAGAUAGAAUUAUUUUUCUUAUAUAAUGUCAUUUUGUUAAUAAAGCACUCACUCAGAGAAAACAAAUUGACUUAGAUUAAUGUCUUGUACUUUGAAGUUUUCUGUAAAAGUAUCAUGCAUGAACCUUUCAGAUUGUUUUUGUGAGCUGGGUUAAAACCAAUUCUCCCUAUCAAUACAUUUUUCAAAUGUUUUUCAUUUGUAUUCCUUUCAGAAGAAAGUCAUACAGGUUUUGACAUUAAGGCUGAUAAAUAACAGUUUGACAAUUUUUUUAAUAAAAAAAUUUGAAUUAA